CUCGGAUUUUCGCUGACGAUCGCCUCAUGCUCUCAUGCUCUCACCGCCUCCGUCGUCGACAAUGGCCAACACUCUGCUGCGAUGCCCUGAUAUAGGCUUUCCGCCAUGUCCCACGAUCCUCAGUCGCCUUCCUCCACAUCCAACAACGCCAACAACACAUGGACUGAGCCACCAUGGACUGGCUGGAUAGACACUACCGGCGACGCCCUCCUCAUCCUUGAGGCCGCCAGGCGGGGCCUCAUCCCUCGCGUCACCCGGCGCCUAGUCGACUCUGAGCGCAAGAUGAUAACCUCUGGCUCCGUCUUCGUCUUCGACGAGGACGAGAGCGGGAUCAAGCGUUGGACCGACGGCUUCUUUUGGAGUCCGAGCCGUAUUCUGGGCAAUUUUCUGCUCUACCGUGAGACCGAGAAGCGAGGAGCUGGCCAUCGGAGCGCUCGAUCAGAGCAGAACGCUGCGGAGAGCGAGGACGGUACUAAGCCUGAGGGGCAGACACUAAGCCGGCCGAAGAGCGAGACACACCGUUUGGUGGGCGUCGACCGCCAGCGGGAGCGCAGCCUGGUCGGCAGCCUCACCAACAGUUAUAAAUUUAAAGCUGGCGGGAUGAUGAAGAAGACAUUCUCGCUGUCAAUUGGCGGCGUUGCGCAGCACCUCAUCUCAUACUACAAAAUCGAAGAUGUUGAGCAGGGCAGGCUCCGUUCGCCGUCGUCGCUGCCGGAGCUUGCCGCGCUCGACAUCAGCCCCGAGUACCUCGACAAGACGCACUUUCGGAACCCGCCCAAAGUCGAGAUCGGCGUCGAUGGUAUCCCUCGCUACCGCGGCGAAGCGGAUGACACUGACAGCUCUCCUCACUUGCUGACGUCGCCGCUCGCGUCUGGGCUCCCGCUCUACCCGGACGCCGAGUCGGGCUCGCACAAGCGCGCAAAGCGGUACGACCCCUACAGUGGCAACACCACAAAACGCAAAGGCAAGUCCAAGGGCGCUGCAGCGAGUCAGGACUCGUCUACGGCGGAUGCGUCUUCCCAACCGGUAGCUGUCGCGGUGCACCAGCCGCAGGCAGGCUACCCCGGGCCAGAGAUAGCAAGCGGCGUGCCUCAUUAUGGGCCGUAUGGCUAUUACCAGGUGCCUCCUCCUGGCUAUCCUACCGCGCCGAUGUAUCACCCCGCCGCAUACUCUGCGCUCCCUCCUCCGCCAACAGGCUCGCCACUCCCGCACCAGAGUCCCACGCCGCCGCAACAAGCCCCGCCCCCGCCGUUCUACCCUGGAUAUGCAGGCUCACCAGUCGAGCCACCGCAUCCGAGUUCAGCGCAAUUGUAUCCUUCAUACUACGCACCUCCUCACGGGUACGCGGCCUACCCCGCCAGCGUCUCGUGGCCGCACUACAGCUACCCUGCACCGCACAGUGCGCAGCCUCCUGCGGGCGCCGCGGGUGUGCAGGACACCGACGGCGGCGACGAUAGCGACGGUCGUGGGGAAGCCGGUGGAAGCACGGGGGCAUAGAUGUGUUCUCAAAUUGGAUAUAUGCAUUCGUGUCCGUCUGGUCACGAUCUCUCUGCCUUUCGCCCUGCUCUGCAUGUUGCUUUCGCGUAUCUCCCACGUCGACGUCUUGGCUUCUCGGCUAUGCUAUGCCCGCUCUCUUAUACCACAGCUUAGUUGUAUUCCCCUUUCUCGUGCCAGUUCAUUAUGUCUCCGCCUCGUCCUGGAAGAAUCGUCUGGUGUAUAUGUGUAUCCUUAAGUCUGCCCCUUCAUGUGACGUUGUACAAUAGUGAAUGAAAAGAACAU